UAACAGACGGCUGUGAGAUUGGUGCAGAUGUUGACCUUUGCCCCGAAUGCCGACGUGUUCAUUUCACAUACAGGAAGAAAAGAAGACAACAUCCCUUCAUUUUCCUUCUAAAUACAAGGAUGUUGACCCUGAGACGAUGUCUGCUGCUGGCAGCCCUGGUGCUGCUGGUAUCCCAUGAUGCCAUGCUUGCACCGGUCGACCCCAAGAAGCAGCAAGUGGAAGAGAAUGAGACAGAGAAGAAGGAAGAGUCCCAGGACACAGGGCUACAUUAUGACAGCUACCUUCAGGAGGUGGUCAGAGUCCUGGAAACUGAUCCUGAGUUCAAGAAAAAGCUUCAAGAGGCUGACAUUGAGGACAUCAAGUCUGGUAAACUGUCGGCUGAACUGAACCUGGUGGCGCACAACGUCCGGUCCCAGCUGGACGAACUGAAGAGAACGGAGGUCACCAGACUGCGCAAACUGCAGCGUGUACGCAUGGACAUGCAGAAUGGCAGGAACGGAUUACACCAGGGUGACUUGAGGGAUGUGAAGAAAAUGUACGAGGAGUUUAACCAUGUGGACCACAGCAACCCUCGCUCAUUCGAGGAGGAGGAUCUCAACAAACUUAUCCAGGCAGUGGUCCAGGACUUGGAGAACUACGACCAGAAGCGGCACCUGGAGUUUAAGAGGUACGAGAUGGUGAAGGAACACCAGCGGAGAGAGAAGCUCAGCCAGCUGAGCGAGGAGGACAGGAAGAAGGAGCAGGAGAGAUACGAGGAGAUGCAGCGCAAACACAAGGACCACCCCAAGAUGAACCAUCCCGGCAGCAAAGAUCAGCUGGAGGAAGUCUGGGAAGCCGAUGGUCUUGCUAAGGAAGACUUCAACCCCAGGGCAUUCUUUGGGAUGCAUGAUACAAAUGGCGAUGGCUACCUGGAUCCAAUGGAGUUGGAGGCACUCUUUGAAAAAGAGUUGGAGAAGGUUUACAAGGAGAGUAACGAGGAAGAUGACUUGCGAGAGAUGGAGGAAGAGAGGGCUCGCAUGAGGAAACACGUCUUACGAGAGGUGGACACCAACAAGGACUCCAUGGUGAGCUUUGAGGAAUUUUCAGAUGCCACCAAAAGAAAAGAGUUUGAGCAGCCGGAAGAGGAUAGUUUUGAGCCCCUGGAUGAGACAGACUUCUUCACAGAAGAAGAACUUGAAGAGUUUGAGCAGCAGCUGGCGAGGGAAGCGGACGAUCUGCGGCAGAAGGAGGUAGAACUGGCCCGGCAGCGCGCCGAGCACCAGCAGAAACGACAGCAACUUCAGCAGGUCAAAAUGAAACAAAAACAGGUGGUUCAGAUGAGUCAGGAGCAGGAGAGACAGGCGGAGGCUCAGGGUCAGCAGGUUGCCGUGGAGACUAACCAGGAGUCGGACCAGGCCGCGGCGGGACAGGACGCCGUGCCAGCCGAGGUGGCACAACAUGCCGCAGAUGGGGAGGGGGGGCAGCCCGCAGAGAUGCAUGAGCCUGUAGCUGCAGCUGUAGCAGCAGAUGCCGUGGCUGUAGGUGGGAACCUGCCACCUGAGGGACAGCUGGGAGAGGAACAGGUGCAGCAUCAGGAGGCACAGCAACCGGCAUCAUAAGUCCUGGCUUUGGAUCAAGGCUGGUGCUGGGGUGGGCUCAAAAAGUCAUUUUUCAUCAACAAAAUACCAACACC